AUAUGACAUUCUCCCUAUUUCCAUUGUUCGGUUUCAUUCCCUUGGUGGCUGUGAUGUCAUAAACCCAUUAGGACCAACAGUCACCUUGGGUUUGAGUGGGAAAACAUCCCCCUACACACCCCUCUGAACCCUCAGAAUGAAACUGCCCAAAUCAUUUCUCUUUCUACAGGAAAAAAUCCAGGCCCAAUUGAAGACUCUGAGGGAAGAGAGAGAAAAGCUCCUGAGAUUUAAAGACACUGGAGAGAGGAAAAGCCGGGGGUAUCUGAAACAGAUACAAGAGGAGAGGCAGAAAAUUGUUUCUGAAUUUCAGCAACUGAGGCAGUUCCUGGAGGAACAGGAGCGACUCCUGCUGCUCUGGCUGGAAAAGCUGGACAAGGAGAUAGUGAAGAUACGGAAUGAAAAUAUCACCAAACUCUCUGAGCAGAUUUCCCAUCUCAGUGAGCUGAUCAGUGAGCUGGAGGGGAAGUGUCAGAAACCAGCAAGUGAAUUCCUGCAGGAUGUCAGAUGCACCUUGAGCAGAAGACUCUGGAAUUCUCCAUUCGGUGGGAAGGACUGACCUCAAGUGUUUCCUAGAGAUGUCACCUCCCUGAGGGACUGGCUGCCUCAGGAUUGUGGGGAUGGACUAUGGGCCUGUCACUGCUGGGGCCCUGGUCACUAUUCAGCCCAGGGCAGCAGCGAUCAAGACUCUUUCCCACCUGAGGGCUGUUUGGAGCCCUGUGUGGAAUGAGCUGGGGAUGGGGGAAUUGGUGUCUCAGUCUAGAGGACAGAUUUCUACAGCACUUCACCUGGGAACCUCCUGUCCCUAGAGCAUGGAGGCCAAGGAGUGAAUUGGCCAUAGAGACUAAAUUCCCCUUUUAUCAUCCCCAGAGUACACAUUGUACCUAAAGUUACCAACCAAACCAACACCAGCCACGACACACCCAGCACCACAGUGAAACCAUGAAAUACAGAGGAGAUCCCGAGCAGAAGUCACACAAAAGAUCCUGACACCGACCUUAGUGCUGAGUUCCUGCCUACGCUGAUGAACAGAAGCACUCACUGAGCAGCAUCCAAACACCCUUAACUCUGACCAUGGGGUUCUCAUGGACAUUCACAGAAGUUUUAAUACUAAAUUGAGAGGAAUGAGUAGAAAUCUCUGUGCUCUUAGGGCUGACACAUCCCACUCCUUUACCCCAGUGUCUCUGCCGCUGGAAUGGAGCAGCCCCAGCAGGGGAAGCUGGGAGCUGAAGCUUCUUCAGGCAAAUGAGAAACAGACUGAGGAGCUGCAGUGACAUCUCUGCUCAGUCUCAGGUGCUCAGCACUGAGGCAGCUUCUUGGAAUCCAGUCCUGUCCCAGCCAGGACGGGGCUUCUGGGCAGUCUGAGAAAUGGUCCCAGCCUCCCCCAGGGCUGAGCUCUGCCCCUAACGCUCUGAUUCUCUUUCCCCUCAGCGAAUGUGACUCUGGAUCCAGACACGGCUCAUCCCAACCUUGUCUUGUCUGAGGAUUUGAGAAGUGUAAAGUGGGAAGAAAUACAGCAGGAUCUGCCUGACAACCCUGAGAGAUUUGACACUGAGCCCUCCGUGCUG